AUGCACAGAAAGUAUCCUUUCUACGUGUUGGCUACGAACUACAAUUACUUUGCAACUGUGUACACAUGCGAGUACAGUCCUCUUAUUGAUAAACAUUUCAUUGGAUGCCAGCAUCGGCAGCCUGUGUUUGUCAUAAUGUUGGCCCAAUGUUUAGUGUUGGUCGUUUUAUUAUGGAAAGUGGAAGGUGCUAUCAUGAAUAUGAGCUGUCCUGUGGUGACGCCACGGGAAUUGGACUGGAAGGCGCUGGACGGCAUCUGGUACUUAACAGCAGUAGCCACGGAAGACAUGGCAGUGCAGGGUGACUGUGCCACCGUACUCUUUGACCACCAGAACACCACAGACGUCUCCAUCAGCUGGAUCACCAACAACACAGUUACUUACUAUAAUGGUUCUGUGGCCCUUAUUCCGGAUCCCAAUAGCAACAGUACCGGGGAUCUACUGCUCGUCACUUAUGAUGAUGAAAAGACUGAAACCUAUUCAUUCCUCGACGUAAACUACGAGCAUUACGCUGUUAUCUUCGCGUGCUAUAAUAAUGAGGAUGGAAACAGCAGUACUUAUGAAAUAUGGAAGUUGACACGGACACCACAUUUAAAGGAUACAGAUGCAGUCAAACUGGACCAGGCUAUAGCUAACUACAGUCUUCAGGACACGCCUUUCUUCACCUUUAACAACACAGAAGACACUUGUAGAGUAAAUAGAGGAAACCAUCUUGACACUUCCACCCUCAUCAUGACGUCAGCAGCUGCACUUGCGUUAUUCAGAAGAUUUUAUUAA